AUGAGAAGGAACAAAAACACGUCGCUGGACACCGUGGUGACUGAUUUCAUUCUCCUGGGCUUGCCUCAUCCCCCCAGUCUCCAAGUUCUUCUCUUCCUGGUCUUCUUCAUCAUUUACAUCCUGACUCAGCUGGGGAACCUGCUCAUUCUGCUCACCGUGUGGGCUGACCCCAAGCUCCACGCCCGCCCUAUGUACAUCCUUCUGGGCGUCCUCUCCUUCCUGGACAUGUGGCUCUCCUCAGUCAUCGUUCCUCGACUUAUUUUAAACUUCACUCCUGCCAGUAAGGCCAUCCCCUUUGGCGGCUGUGUGGCCCAGCUCUAUUUCUUUCACUUCCUGGGCAGCACCCAGUGCUUCCUCUACACCUUGAUGGCCUAUGACAGGUACCUGGCAAUCUGCCAGCCUCUGCGCUACCCUGUGUUCAUGAAUGCAAAGUUGUGCACCACCCUUGUGUCUGGAGCGUGGGUGGCUGGCUCCAUCCACGGAUCUAUCCAGGCCACUCUGACCUUUCGCCUGCCCUACUGUGGACCCAAUCAAGUGGAUUAUUUUAUCUGUGAUAUACCAGCAGUAUUGAGACUGGCCUGUGCUGACACAACUGUCAAUGAGCUGGUGACCUUUGUGGACAUCGGGGUGGUGGCCGCCAGUUGCUUCCUGCUCAUUCUGCUCUCCUAUGCCAACAUAGUCCACGCCAUCCUGAAGAUACGCACCGCUGAUGGGAGGCGCAGGGCCUUCUCCACCUGUGGCUCCCACCUAACCGUGGUCACAGUCUACUAUGUCCCUUGCAUUUUUAUCUACCUGCGAGCAGGCUCCAAGAGUCCCCUGGAUGGGGCGGUGGCUGUGUUUUACACUGUGGUCACACCAUUACUGAACCCCCUCAUCUACACCCUGAGGAACCAGGACGUGAAGUCUGCUCUGAAGAGGAUAAGGGCAGGUCAAGGGAGUGCGAGUGGAAAUAAAUAA